GGUCUAUUUUGAUAGAGCAGAAGAAGGCACAACUCGUCAUCAUCGCACACGACGUUGAACCGAUCGAGAUUGUGGUGCACCUUCCAACGCUCUGCCGCAAGAUGGGUGUUCCGUACUGCUUUUUGCCGUUCUUUUCCGUUAUUUGACAACAUGCCUAAGAGAAAGGGAAAGGGGAAGAAGAAGGUGGCCGCCCCACCUCUCGCUACCAAAAAGGCUGAAGCAAAAAAGGUAGUCAACCCUCUGUUCGAGAAGAGACCACGUAACUUUGGAAUUGGCCAGGACAUUCAGCCGAAACGUGACCUGAGACGAUUUGUGAGAUGGCCCAAGUACGUCCGUCUGCAGAGGCAGAAACAGAUACUGUACAAGCGCCUCAAGGUUCCACCAACUAUUCACCAGUUCUCCCAGGCUCUUGAUAAACAGACAGGACGUUGAACCGAUCGAGAUUGUGGUGCACCUUCCAACACUCUGCCGCAAGAUGGGUGUUCCGUACUGCAUUGUGAAGGGCAAGGCAAGACUCGGGUGUGUGGUUGGCAGGAAGACGGCGACGUGCCUGGCAAUCGCCACCAUCAAUCCCGAGGACCGGGCCAGUCUAAGCAAGCUGUCGGAGGCCGUGAAGACGAACUACAAUGAUCGCUUCGAUGAGAUCCGCAGACACUGGGGAGGCGGUCAGCACGGUCACAAGUCUGUCGCUCGGGUUGCCAAGCUCGAGAAGGCAAAGGCACGAGAACUAGCGCAGAAGGUCGGCUAGAUUUACUGUACAGAACUGAAGCGGGGCGAAUAAAAUAAAAUAUUGUGUGAGAA